AUGAAUAACGAAAUCGUAAAUUCGACAAUUGAUGGGGUCCUGAACACAAAAUUGCAUAUACAAAACAUUCCUCCACAUAUUACGGAUGUACAUUUAAGGUCUUUAUUGGGUAAUGUUGGAUUUAUUAAAGACAUAUGUUAUUUUAAUAAAAGUAAGAAACAAAUGAACAAUAAUAACUUUGCUAAUAAGAAGAUAUAUAACACUGCGUUGGUUACAUUUAAUACACAUGAAGAGGCCUUAAAUGUUUUGAAAAAUAUUAAGAACUUAAUCGAUACGAGUGGAGAAGAAAGGAAUAUUGAGGCUAAGUUUGCUGUUCCAAAUGUAAGUAUUAACAAUAAUAACAAUAAUAAUAAUAAUAACUUUUUUCAGAAAAAUAAUAUGAACAAUACCAACUUUUCUCAAGGAUCUACUAACUAUGGAAAUAAUUUCAAUAACGAGAAUUUCCAAGGAAAUAAUAAUAUGAACAAUUAUAAUUUUUAUAAUAACGGUAGUAGUAGUAAUAAUAAUAAUAAUAAUAACCAAACAAACACUCAAAACAAUUUUAUGAACAGAAAUAUGAAAAAUAAAAAUAUGAAUAACAACAACAACAAUAAUAAUAUGAUGAUGAAUAUGAACUUUAAUAACCAACAAAUGAAUAAUAAUCCUAUGCUUAAUCAGAACAAUUUUAUGCUCAACAAUAAUAAUAAUUUUAACAAUAGUGCUAAGAACUUAAAUGAUAUGUAUAGAGAUGGAGAAAUAUCACCAAACCAUUUAAAUAAUAACAAUAAUAAUAUGAACAAUCAUAAUAAUAAUAAUAAUAUGAACAAUAAUAAUAAUAAUAAUAAUAAUGUUAUGUUUAGACAAAACAAUUCUCAUCUAGCUCAUAUGUAUCAAGCAAAUGAUAAUUCUUUAGAAGAUGUAGAAAAUGUUGAUGGUUUAAGUUUAUGGGAAAUGUAUAAAGAUAAAAAUAACAAUGUUUUUUAUUAUAACAAUCUAACCAAGCAUAGCCAAUGGCAUAAACCAGUUCACCCUAGCAAAUUAUUCCAGUAUAAUAAUAAUGAAAAAACAAAACAAAAUGGACCUAGUGGAAGUAACCUAUUCAUUUUCCACAUACCUAGUGAAUGGACUGACCUUGAUUUAUUCCAACAUUUCUGUUGUUUUGGUAAUAUUAUAUCAUCAAAAAUUCAAAGAGACAGUACUGGAAGAAAUUCAGGAUUUGGAUUUGUAAGCUAUGACAAUGUUAUUAGUGCUCAACAUGCUAUUCAAUUUAUGAAUGGUUAUUUUGUAAAUAACAAAUAUUUGAAAGUUCAACUUAAAAAGGGGGAAACUGUUGAAAAUGCAAAUUAG